AUGGGGGGUUCAAGUACCCAGGUCACUGUGACCAUCAUUGGAGGAGGAAUUGGUGGUUUAGUGCUCGCUCUCCAACUCCAUUUCGUGGGAAUCAAGAACAUAACCAUAUUUGAAUCCUCGCGAACUCUUGCCGCCAUUGGAUCAGGGAUAAAUUUGCAGCCCUCAGCUGUGCUGGUCCUCCGGAACCUUGGUCUCUUGCCCGGUCUAGAAGAAAUCGGUAUCAAGACUGAGGAGUUGAGAUAUUACAAUCGCUAUGGACACUUCGUCAUUGGCGAGCCGAGAGGGAUGAAUGCCGGAUACCUCGUUCCGCAAUUCUCAGUACAUCGAGGUAUGUUGCAUGCCUUGUUACUCGGUGCUGUGAAGGAGAGACUUGGAGAGGCGUGUGUGGUAACGGACCAUGUGUUUACCUCAUUUGACCAAGAUGAGAAGAGCAUUACCGCAAGGUUCUCGAGGAAAACAAAUCCAGAGGUUCCAGCCGACAUUCCAGAGAGAACGUCAGAUACUGUGAUUGCUUGCGAUGGUAUCAACUCGACUGCUCGACGACUACUGUAUCCUAACGAAGGACCACCAAAUUUUUCGGGACGCUUACUCUGGAGAGGUGUCUCUUUGCGAGAACCAUUCCUCACGGGGCGCUCAAUGGUGUGGGCUGGCCAUGCCGAUCAAAAAUUCAUAGCUUAUCCCGUAGGUCGACAGGCAGAGAAGGAGGGAAAGUCAUUAGUGAAUUGGAUAGCGGAGUUGAGAGUGAGGAGUAAAGAUGAUCCGGACCUGACACCUCCUGUGGCUGAUUGGGGGGAAACGGUGUCGAAAGAUCGCUUUGCAGAUCAAUUUCAGAGCUGGACGUUUGGCUUUUUGAGCAUCCCAGAUCUGAUAGAGGAAACCGAGGUUGUCGCGGAAUUCCCGAUGUGUGAUCGCACUCCCGUUGACAGGUGGAGCUUUGGGAGGCUGACGCUUUUGGGAGAUGCGGCGCAUCCUCUGUAUCCCAUUGGAUCGAAUGGAGCAAGUCAAGCUAUUCUCGAUUCUGUAGCUCUCUCUUCUGCUCUUCAGCAGGAGAAGGACAUCCCAGCUGCUUUGACCAUGUAUCAGAAUGAGAGACUGCCGCCGACAGCGAAAAUAUGUUUUGCGAAUCGCGCGAAUGGGCCGGAUCAUGUGCUACAGCUGGCUCAUGAGCGCGCACCUGAUGGCUUCGAGAAUAUAGAUGAUGUGAUUGGGAGCAUGGAACUAGAAGAGGUUGGCAAGGCGUAUAAGUUAUUGGCAGGUUUUGAUAUGGAAAGUGUGAACAAGAAGGCGAAGGAGACCGAGAGCAUGUGGACAUCAAAAGUGAUAACGAACGGCCUCAGUCGCGGUAAAUAG